GGGCGGGCGGGCGCGGGAGGAGCGCAGUGCGGGCGCCACGUGGAGGGGACGCGGAUCCAGCGGCACCGCCAUGGCCUCCAACGAUUACAGCCAGACGGCGACGCAGAGCUACGGCGCCUACCCCGCCCCCCCCAGCCAGAGCUACUCGCAGGGUGGGGGGCAGGGCUACUCCCAGCAGGGCUACGGCGGCUACGGCCAGGGCUCGGACACGGGCUACGGCCAGGGCGGCUACAGCGGCUCCUACGGCCAGAGCCAGAGCGGUUAUUCGGCGCCGGCGGCUCCUCCCUCCUACGGCUCCGGCGGCUUCGGCUCCGGGCAGAGCUCCCAGGGCAGCUACGGCCAGAGCUCCUCCUACCCCGGCUAUUCCCAGCCCCCCGCGGCUCCCUCCGCCUCUGCCAGUUACGGCAGCGGCUCCGGCAGCUCCAGCUACGGCCAAGCCCCGAGCGGGGGCUACAACCAACAGAGCGGGGGCUACAGCCAGCAGAGCUACGGGCAACAGUCGUCCUACAACCCUCCCCCGAGCUACAGCCAGCAGGGCCAGUACAGCUCCGGCGGCUCCGGCAGUUACUCCCAGGAUUCCUCGCUGAGCUCCGGGGGGUUCCAGGAGCCGGGCGGGAAUUUCGGAUCCUCGGAGCGCGGGCGCGGCCGCGGCGCCUUCGGCUCCCGGGGCGGCUUCGAGCGCGGGCGCGGCCGCGGCAACCGCGGGAACAUGGGUUACUCCCAGGAUUCCUCGCUGAGCUCCGGGGGGUUCCAGGAGCCGGGCGGGAAUUUCGGAUCCUCGGAGCGCGGGCGCGGCCGCGGCGCCUUCGGCUCCCGGGGCGGCUUCGAGCGCGGGCGCGGCCGCGGCAACCGCGGGAACAUGGGCGGUGGUGAGCGUGGUGGCUUCAAUAAAUUUGGUGGACCCCGGGAUCAGGGGCCCAGGCACGAGCCAGGGGAGCAGGAUAACUCGGACAACAACACGAUCUUCGUGCAGGGGCUGGGGGAAAACGUCACCAUCGAGUCCGUGGCCGAUUACUUCAAACAGAUCGGGAUCAUCAAGGUGAGAGCACCUGGGCACACCUGAGAUACACCUGGGACACCUGGGGACACCUGGGCACACCUGGGAUACACCUGGGACNNCCCCCCCUCGGCCAAGGCGGCCAUCGACUGGUUCGACGGGAAGGAAUUCUCGGGCAAUCCCAUCAAGGUUUCGUUCGCCACGCGCCGAGCCGAUUUCACCCGGGGCGGGGGCGGCCGGGGCCGCGGCCGGGGAGGCCCCCUGGGCCGGGCCGGGUUUGGUUCCGGAGGCUCCGGCUCCGGCGGCCGCGGCGGCUUCAGCGGUGGGGGAGGGGCGCAGCAGCGAGCGGGGGACUGGAAAUGCCCCAACCCGGCGUGUGAGAACAUGAACUUCUCGUGGCGCAGCGAAUGCAACCAGUGCAAGGCCCCCAAACCCGAGGGGGGGCCCGGGGGGCCUCACCUGGGCGGGGGUGGAUUCGAGGAGCGCCGUGGCCGCGGUUUCGAGCGGGGCGGGUUCCGGGGCCGUGGCGAGCGCGGGGGGUUCCGGGGCGGCCGCGGCGCCGAGCGGGGCGGCUUCGGGCCCGGCAAGAUGGAGAGCAGGGGCGACCACCGGCAGGACCGACGCGAGCGGCCAUAUUGA